ACUCUAGCGAUGCAAAACGACUUCGUCGAGACACGACACAGUCGGACCUACGCACUCAACUGUUAGCGAUUGUCGACGCAACAAGCGUUGUCCUUGUCAUCAAAAUGAGCAACCGUCCGUCAUAUUGUUUCAAUUAGAUUAUGAGAUUAGUCCCCGUGCGUCCAAUCACAAGCUAACACCACGCCUCCUUACGCCCUACUUUGGCUAAAUCGACAUCACUCCGCAUUUAUGUGUAGUAUUUGUGUCGACAAGUAAGGAGAACGAGAGCUCGUGGCGGAGUCGCCCUCAUUCAGGGAUGUCCUCUCGCAAUUAUAAACGUCGUUUACCGUCGAUGCCUUGUAUUGAUCAGGCUCUCUCGGAGGCGGUGAUCCAGAACGACAUGGUCGAGGCUCGUCGCGCACUUCAGGCGGGAGCGUUUGUCAACGGGCUCGACCGUGAGGGACUCGGCGCCAUCCAUCAGGCGAUCUACGAGAAUAACUUCGACGUGUUGCGGUUGUUGGUGCGACACGGCGCUGAUGUUCGUCUCCGUGACAGCGAGGGCUGGACACCGUUGCACACGACGGCGCAAACCGGCAACUGUGAAAUUGCUCGAUUCUUGUUGAAACAGGGUGCCAACACCGAUGCGGUGGAUGGCGACGGUCUUUUUCCUAUAGAUCGCGCGGAGAGAAGUGAGAUGCGAUCGUUAUUGUACAAGGCCAUGAAGAGGGCAGGGCACGUUCAACUGUCCGAUCAAUACCGUAUCUAUCUAGAGCAGGAACUCAAUCUUGAGAUAUCUAUGGGCGACUCCGAUUCUCUAUGCUCGUCGAUUAGCGCUUAUAGUCUUAGUAUGAGUGAAGACGAGGGUCAGUUCUCGCAGUCUGAUGGUGAUGAGUUACACGGGCUCGCGACGCACGUUAUCGCUGAGGAGAGUAUGGACACUCACGGCGUCGAAAUAUCGAGGGAAUGCCUCCCUGCUGGUGAGGAGUCGGUGAGUAGAGGGAUGGAUGAUAAAGCGGACGCAUCGCUUGCUAGUCAGAGAAACACUGUGGGAAGUGAUGAGAUUGUCUCGCGUCUCGUACGAGUUACAGCUUUUGACAAUUCGCCAGCAGUUGCAACAUCUCUAGUGUCGGUUGAGUCUAGAGUGCUGAAGGACGUCCACUCUGUGCCAGACGUGAAUUUUGUUAUUGUAGGUGAGUGUUCAGCAGAAAUGAAGGUGGAGAGAUGUCAGACGGGGCUAAGGUCAGUCAGCCAAGAAAGUGAUGAAAUAUUACACUGUGGUUUGUCACGGAAUAGAGAAAUUAAACUGGAAGAGAGGGAGGAUGCUGUCAGUGGGGAAGCUAACAAAGCUGGAAACCAUGUAUAUUAUUCAUGUCAUCUGUUGGACAAGGAAACCCUAUCUAAACUGCAUUCUAACUUACUAGCUGAUACUAAAGAGCAUAUACAACCGUCUGUAAACAAACAGGAAGUGACUAAUGAACAAUCAGAUGUCAGACAGUUUGUAAGUUGUCCUGAAGUAGCUUUUUCCAGAUCGCAACUCAAAGCUGCCAGAGCAGCCUUCUUCUUUAGUCGACAACUGGGACAAAGGAAACAAGCAGGGGAAACCAUGAGACACAGUAUGAGUCCACCUGUUAAUAGAACAGUUGAGGAAAUGAAUGCAGAGGUCAAGGACAGUACUCAGGUGAUCAGGGAAGAACUACCAGGACAUAACAGUCUGUCUAGUGCCUUCUUGGGAGAGAUUACAAUUGGUAAUGACAAGGGACAUUCUAGAUUACAAUGUGGUGAUUCCCCAGUGGGCAGUAAUGAAAUACCUCUACAAGGAAAGGAUGCUAUGUUAGGAUUUAAAGACACCCUAGACACAAAUUAUUACACUGAGAGCCAAUUGCAUGGAUUGAGAGGAUUGAGUGUGGAAGCAGACAGACACCAAGUUGCUGUAGACGCUGGAAGUACAGACCAAGAAGCAUCAUACUUUGAGGUAGUCAGUAAAAGUGACAAAACUACAGGUGAGUCAUUGCCACAACCACCAUUAUUGCCGUCGCCAGAAUCAGUACCAUCAUCUAUGAGUACUUUCUUAGAGGCUCAAGAUGUAUCUGUGGACAGUAAAGAUCAUGUGGAAGAAGCUAUGUCUUCUAACCUGCAGACCCCUAAUAGUGAGAAUUUUUGUAUUGGUGAGAAAAAAUUGGAGGCUCAACGAAAUAUUACCGAAAUCCAGGAAGCUACAAUCAAGGAAUGUGUGAGUAUAAGUGAAGGGUUGGCUGUCAAGUCAUUUGUGGUGAAGGAUGACAAUAUUCAUUGUACUGUGAGUUCUGUACCACAGACAAACAUUCAGAGCUUUGGAUGGGAGAGUGAUUCUGAUGAUGACUGCUUUUGUGAAGAAACUGUAGUUUUCUUUAGAGAGGAUGAAUCUGGAGAUUUUAUUCGGAAAGAAUCUGAUACCAUGUCUGUUAGCAGUCUUUUCUCUCCUGACUGUGAUUCACCUCUAGUAUCGUUACAUUCAUCAACUGAUCCUGCGGAAUUGUUGUCCGUAUCUUCAGGACAAAGUGAUGACAGUGAGUGUGAAACUCGAACAGAAGACCAAGAAGUUUUAUUAGAAGGUGUAAGUAGGAGGUUGCAACUGCUUACGUCUGAUGACAAAAUGCCAGGUAUAGUGGAUUCUGACCAAAGACAAAUUUGUGUUGUCAAGGAGUCUGACCGAAAUGAUGUAGGACAUCUUAGUGAUAAUGGUGAUAACAGUGAUGAUAUGAUGGAGGAAGGGGUUUUGGUUAGAACUUCACCUCCUCAACCUCAUUGUUUACUUUUACACAAGAACACUGCACUUAACAGCACAGUCAACACUGCAGUUGCACAUCAUCGUUCACCACCUCUGAAGUCUAUAAUAAAUAGGUCAAGUUGGCCAGUUCUCACUUUGAACAAAGGUUCUGAACAUAUUUCUCAAGAUAGACCUCACUCUCUUGUUGGCCGAAGUGUUUCUUUUGAGCCAUUGGUGUGCUUUCAAGAUGCUGUUGUUGUUGGGAACGUACAAGAGGUAAAAUCAUUAAUAAAGUCACAGAGUGUGGAUUUGGAUGCAAUGACUCCACAGGGCUACACUGUGCUGCAUGCUGCUGCUAUUGAAGGAAAUAUUGAUUGCAUUGAGGCAUUGAUCAGCAGUGGAGCUCGAGUAAACAUCCAGGAUGAGGAUGGAUGGACACCACUGCAUGCAGCAGCAAGUCAUGGACAUUUGGACAUUAUUCAGUACCUUUUGAAAAGUGGUGCCAAUCCGUGCAUUACUGGAUACAGCCAAGAAACUGCAUACGAUGUGGUAGAUGAGGAUGGUGAUCUGAUAAUUGAGCAGAUUUUGAAGAAUGCUAUGGGAGAUCAGUUUGAUGUGUUAGUGACAAACAGAUGUUGUGAGAAGUUUGAAGAUGAGUAUUCAGAGGAUGGUGAUGAUGAAGAGUCGGAUAAUGAAGAAGUUUUGAGCCCAGUAGAUUAUGGCGAGGACUCGAAUGGCAGGACACUGUUUCAUAUCUCUCGUCUUACACAAGCUGCAGAUACUGGUAAGUGGUUAUCUCAUUCCUCAAAGGUCAUCUCUCCUGUGACUGAUAAGUCUCCAGAACCUAUACACUGUGAGCAAUGCAAAGGUGUCAGUUCUUGUCCAUUGGAAAACGCAGUCAGUAAUGAGAUGUCAGAACAAACUAUAUCUGACACACAUCAGCAUGGAGCAGAGGAAACUAGUUCUCUGGCAGUAGAGGAUAAUGCAGACUGUAAUUUAGAAAAGACAAAGGAAGGGAUCUGCGAGUCCAGUAAGCCUCGAGGAGUGCUCGUACUAAAGUUUCCAUCUACAUUUGGUGUUGAAACACCGGAUGUUCUGAGUCCUAAGUCUGUAUCAUUUCCCCCUAAUGUGCUUUUGCAGCAAGCAGUUGCAGAUGGUGAUAUAGUUGAAGUAGAUAGAUUGCUUACCCAGUAUACAACUGAUGAGUUACAGAUCAACAAUGUAUCACUUCCAUCUGGUGUGUCAGUACUUCAUCAAAGUGUAAAUACUGAAAACUUAGCUGUCACUAAAGUUCUCAUAGAGAAAGGUUCUGCUGAUCCUACAAUACAGGAUAAAGAUGGCUGGACACCUUUACACAAUGCUGCAGCCAUUGGCAGCUGUAGCAUAGCAAGAUACUUGAUUUCUUGUGGAGCUAAGCUUUCUGUAUUGACAGCCGAGGGACAAUUUCCUAGUGAUGUCGCUGAAAAGCCUGAAAUGUUAUCAAUGCUGAGAAAUGCUAUGCUCGGUCGAUUCUGGGGAACAUCUUUCAAAGGGUCUUUGUAAUAAUUAUUGCGCAAAGUAUGCUAUUUUUAGAUACAGACCUUUGCAUCAUAGUUUGCUGUUACUAUCGCUGUAUAAUGGUGGAAUAGUCGUCUGAAGUUAUGUUUUAGGCAGUGUACAAGAACAGUUUUCAUGGUAUUCAUUGCUACUUGAAUUGCUAUCUGUGAAUAUUGAACCAAAGAAACACUGAACUAUUC